AUGUCAGCCCACGGAGACUCAGCUGGCGAGAGCGCACGCCCUUGCAGGCGCCGCAACUCUCUCCCGACUGCCUUCACGCAAGAAGAGGAAGAUUUCCCGCCCGAGAUCGAGCCUUACCUGGAACGCAUCGUCGCUCUGCAAGGAGAGAGCGAAGGCUACAAAGACAGGCUGGAUGACCAGUCCUCGACUCUCGACGAGUACGCAAAGCGGCAUCAGCGUCUCACUUCCGAGCUGGAAAGCCUCAACAAGACCGUGUCUUCCCUGAACAAGCUGCGGGAGAUCCACGAGAUCAAGGAAGCCGAGCGAGCCGAGCAGGAGGCUGCCUUUCGGGAAGCUCGGAAGGCGAGGGCCAAGGAUCGAGAGGCAUACAUUAUCUUCCUCGAGAAUAAAUGCCACCAAGAGACCCUAGCGAAGGAGAACCUGCUCCGGAUCGCGACCAAAGAGGGAGAGGCGAUGCAACGCGAAGUGGAACAGCUCAGUCACCACGUCCUCGCUCUCAGGGGUCUGUACGACCAGGCUUGCAACGAGAAGCACCGACUCGCCAAAGCGCUUCAUGACCAGGUCGCCAACAACAAAAAGCAGGCUCUAGAACACCGAGAGCAAGAGCAGGCCCUGAGGGAUGCGAUUGAACUUUCCCGGCAGCGAAUGGACAGGCUGGUGGAGGCGAUGGGUUUGCAGUCUCUUGCUGAAGAAGUUCGCCCAUUGGGGUCUGCCUCGCGACAAUACGAGCCACUCAGAGGAAAGGAGCUCAGACUGUACGAGAAAAAGUUGUUCGGGCUGCCGAAUAACUGGCGAGACUUGUGCAGUCCUGAAAUCACGACAUAUCUAAGCGAGGUGAAGAAUGGAAACAACCAGCAUCCAGUGCCGAACACAAGUAAGGCAGCAGCAGACCCUGAGCAUCACACAGAGGGUGCCAAGGAUACCAAGGAUACCAAGGACACCAAGGACACCAAGGACACCAAGGAUACCAAGGAUGCUGGGGUAUUGCAAGAGAAGCAACAUGGCCUUUCGCCGAAUCUCAAGGUGGACAGCCCUGGACAGGAGAAAAGCACUGAAUCUGCGCCAGCCGCCGCAGAGACGAAGCCCCGAGGAAGAAGGCAAUCUGGCAAGGCUUGGGCAAGAGCUCAACGGCUCCGAAAAGGUUAG